CGAUUAAUCAAUAGUGCAAUGUUUACAAAAUAUUUCGGGUGGAUGUCGGUGAGAAGGCGCGUUUAACUAGUUUUAGUAAUGUCUAGUCGUAGUUUAAGUGCAAUAGUCUUGCUCCUUGGGGCGUUAGUGACCGCCUGCCUCGCCUCCAACGGCGACCGCACACAGUUUUUUCACAAUUGCCGACAGAACUGCGAGCGAACGAACUGCUCGGCAGAUGGACUGGAGAUCCAGGAGCAGGCAGUCAAGUUUUACCAGCAGUCGGUGUUUGACCGGCUCUUCCAGUGGAGCUGCGCGGACGAGUGUCAGUAUGGAUGCAUGUGGCGAACGGUGUUCGCCUUCUUUGAACGCGGUUGGCCGAUUCCCCAGUUCUACGGCAAGUGGCCCUUUCUCCGCCUGCUGGGCAUGCAGGAGCCGGCCUCAGUUAUCUUCUCCUGCCUGAAUUUUGUCGUUCACCUGCGCUUGUUACGCAAGUUCCGCCGAGAAGUGCGUCCGGACAGUCCCUGCUAUAUGCUGACCCACAUAUUCGCAGUGACGAGUCUCAACGGCUGGAUCUGGUCCGCCAUCUUUCACACAAGGGACUUUCCACUGACCGAGCUGCUGGACUACGCCUUUGCCUAUUCCAUCAUCUUGUGCUCACUUUACGUCAUGGUCAUGCGGAUGCUGCACCGCUACUCGCUGUUCCUACGGGGUGUUAUCACGUUGGCAUUCCUCUCCUACUACAUUAACUACUUUGCCUACCUGAGCGUGGGACGGUUCAACUAUGCGUUCAACAUGAUGGUAAACGUGGCUACGGGAGUUAUAGCGGCAGUGGGAUGGUUCGUUUGGUGUCACUUUGUGCGCACCCGCAGGCCCUACUUUAGAAGGAUCCUGCGUUUCUAUAUUCUCAUGGCGUUGGCUAUGAGCCUUGAACUGCUUGACUUUCCGCCCAUCCUCUGGAUUCUGGAUGCUCAUGCUCUGUGGCACUUGGCAACAAUUCCUCUGGCAUCCCUAUACUAUGAGUGCGUAGAAAUAUUACUUUAUUCUAAUAUUGCUACAUGUGUUUGCAUUUUAGCUUCAUGAUAGAGGACUGUCGAACCCUGCGAAAGGAGAAGGCUGCGGCGGGCGGCUAUUCAUUCUACAAUUAGUAUUAUCUAAGUUAUUCUUAGCCCUUAAAGCACGCAAAGCUAUCUGGCAAUUUUUCUGACAUAUUUCAUGUAAUUUGUAACAGAGCGAAAACAUGUAAUGUAUUUUAUUGAAUGUCAAAGCGAAAACAUCCUUUGACAGUAACCAGAACGGCAGGAAAACUAAUAGCUUCGUUUAAAAAGACAUAAUAGAGACUUUAUUACAACAUUU